AACUGUGGACCCCUGAAAUCUGUAACAAAUGGAGAGAUGACAUGUAGGCCUUUUUAUGAAGAGAACAGUUAUAAAUCAACUUGCAACUUUACAUGUCCUGAGAACUUUACACUCAUUGGAGAUAAGCUACUUCAGUGUCUCAGUUCAGGAAAAUGGACAGGCGAUACACCAAUAUGUAAAGCUCAGAAAUGUGAAACAUUAAGGCCUCCAGAGAAAGGUACCAUUAACUGUUCCCAUUUGUUUGAAGACUUCGGUUAUAACUCCAUUUGUAACUUCUCCUGUACAGAGGGGUUCAUGCUAAGUGGGUCAGAAAUACUGCAGUGCACAGCUUCUGGAAACUGGACAGCACAUCCUCCAACAUGUAAAGCACAGAAAUGUGAAACAUUAAGGCCUCCAGAGAAAGGUGCCGUUAACUGCUCCCAUCUGUUUGAAGACUUCGGUUAUAACUCCAUUUGUAACUUCUCCUGUACAGAGGGGUUCAUGCUAAGUGGCUCAGAAAUACUGCAAUGCACAGCUUCUGGAAACUGGACAGCACAUCCUCCGACAUGUAAAGCAAAGAAAUGUGAAAGAUUAAGGCCUCCAGAGGAAGGUGCCAUUAACUGCUCCCAUCUGUUUGAAGACUUUGGUUAUAACUCCAUUUGUAACUUCUCCUGUACAGAGGGGUUCAUGCUAAGUGGGUCAGAAAUACUGCAGUGCACAGCUUCUGGAAACUGGACAGCACAUCCUCCGACAUGUAAAGCUCAGAAAUGCGAAACAUUAAGGCCUCCAGAGAAAGGUGCCGUUAACUGCUCCCAUCUGUUUGAAGACUUUGGUUAUAACUCCAUUUGUAACUUUUCCUGUACAGAGGGGUUCAUGCUAAGUGGGUCAGAAAUACUGCAGUGCACAGCUUCUGGAAACUGGACAGCACAUCCUCCGACAUGUAAAGCACAGAAAUGUGAAACAUUAAGGCCUCCAGAGAAAGGUGCCAUUAACUGCUCCCAUCUGUUUGAAGACUUUGGUUAUAACUCAAUUUGUAACUUCUCCUGUACAGAGGGGUUCAUGCUAAGUGGGUCAGAAAUACUGCAGUGCACAGCUUCUGGAAACUGGACAGCACAUCCUCCGACAUGUAAAGCCCCGAAAUGUUCCCACUUACUGUCUCCAGAGAAAGGUUUCAUGUACUGCUCCCAUUUGUUUGAAGAUUUGAGUUAUAACUCCACCUGCGACUUCAGCUGCAUGGAGGGAUUUCUGCUGAAUGGUUCAGAAAGGCUGCGAUGUACAGCUUCUGGGAAAUGGACAUCAGAAGCACCCACUUGCAAAGCUAUAAAUUGCAAUGUGAUAACAUCACCAGAAAUGGGUGCUAUGACUUGCAGCCAUCCCAUUGGUGCCUUCAGUUAUAAUUCCACCUGUAAUUUCACCUGUGGAGAGGGAUUCAUACUGAGAGGACCAGAAAGGCUCCAGUGUUUAGCAUCCGGAAUGUGGAGCCAUCAGCCACCAAACUGUAAAGCCCAGAUCUGUUCCCAAUUACAGUCUCCAGAUAAAGGUUUAAUGUCAUGCUCCCACUUGUUUGAAGAUUUCCGUUAUAACACCACCUGUGACUUCAGCUGCAUGGAAGGCUUUCUGCUGGAUGGUUCAGAAAAGCUCCGAUGUACAGCUUCUGGGAAAUGGACAGCAGAAACACCAACAUGCAAAGCUAAACAUAUGGCAUUUGGACAGAAAUUUCUGAUAUUUCUCACUGGCUCUACUGUUAUCACCAUUGCAGUAAUUUCAUGUCUGGUCUGCAGCAUGUCACUUUUAAAACGCCUGGCAAAAAAGAAGGAAGAUAAGACAGCCCUGAAUUUUAGAAGUUAUAGUGGAUCAGAUUCAGAAGUAUUCAUAAAUGCAGCCUAUCAAGGAAUGGCUUAAAAAUAUUCUUAACGAAGAACAACAUGGCACAUGAUACUUGGCAAAUCAUUAGCAGCCGCAGAGACAAGGCGCAGUAAUGUGUGGCGAACAGGAGACCUGCCCUCCAGAGUGCUUCCCAAGCAUCUGAGCUGGAAUGCUUAGUGUGCAUUUGUGCAGUGUGGAUAUGUGUAAUCCUUGUAAAUAAUCUAAUGUUGCACAGAAAAUCUCAGUUUAGCUGUAGUGAUCCACUUGGAACAGAAAUCUGACAAAAUAUUGCUGCAUAUUUUAUGUGUAUCAGAAUCUCUUUUUAAGAAUGUAUGUAAUACAAAACUUAAAGCUG